UGGCGCGCGGGCCGCUUUAUCUGGCUGUGCGGCGGGGUUGCGGGCGUCGCGGGCUCUGGGCGGCGGGACGUCUUCCCGAGGCCGAUCUGUCCGCUGCUGCGCUGCCUCGGCUUGCGACUCACGUCUCUCGGCGCAGGCCCCCGCAGCCCGGCGGGCUCGGGCCUCAGACUAUUCAAUGGUGGGUAAAGAGAUGUCUCCCAGAAAGCGGCUGUCGAAGGCCAGUGAAAAUCUUGAGAAAGAUGAAGACCAGAGAAACUUUCCGGAGGAGUCACUAGAGACACAUAGAAAUGGUCGAAUCGACAUAAAACAAUUGAUAGCAAAGAAGAGACAGUUGACAGCAGAGGCAGAGCAAUUGAAGCCACUUUUUUUGAAGGAAGUUGGUAGUCACUUUGAUGACAUUGUGACCAGUCUCAUUGAAAAAUCUGCCUCAUUAGACAAUGGUGGAUGUGCUCCUACAACUUUUUCCAUUCUUGAAGAAAUGAAAAACAACCACAGAACGAAAGAUAUGAGAGCACCUCCAGAACAGGGAAAGAUUUUUAUUUCAAGACGCUCUCUCUUGGAUGAGCUGUUUGAAGUGGACCACAUCCGGACAAUAUAUCACAUGUUUAUCGCCAUUCUUAUUAUCUUUAUCCUCAGCACACUUGUAGUAGAUUACAUUGAUGAAGGAAGCUUGGAAUUCUAGGUGUGGGACCAACAUACGUUGUAUUAGCAUAUGCACUGCCACCAGCUUCCCGGUUAAUUAUUAUACUUGAACAGAUUCGUAUGAUAAUGAAGGCCCAUUCAUUUGUCAGAGAGAAUGUGCCAAGAGUACUAAAUGCAGCUAAGGAGAAGUCAAGUACAGUUCCAGUACCCACAGUCAACCAGUACUUAUACUUCUUAUUUGCUCCUACGCUUAUCUACCGUGACAGCUACCCCAGAACUCCCACUAUAAGAUGGAGUUAUGUUGUUUUGCAGUUUGCACAGGUUUUCGGUUGCAUUUUUUACCUGUACUACAUCUUUGAAAGGCUUUGUGUACCACUGUUUGGGACUAUCAAACAGGAGCCCUUCAGCGCUCGUGUUCUGGUCCUGUGUGUGUUUAACUCCAUCUUGCCAGGUGUGCUGAUGAUGUUCCUUUCUUUUUUUGCCUUUUUGCACUGCUGGCUCAAUGCCUUUGCUGAGAUGUUACGAUUUGGUGACAGGAUGUUUUAUAAGGAUUGGUGGAAUUCUACAUCAUACUCUAACUAUUAUAGAACCUGGAAUGUGGUGGUCCAUGACUGGCUAUACUACUAUGCUUACAAGGACCUUUUAUGAUGUGGGCUUCCUUUUUCUUGGGCCAGGGAGUACUUGUUUGCUUUUAUUCUCAAGAAUGGUAUGCACGUCAACACUGUCCUCUGAAAAAUCCCACAUUUCUGGAUUAUCUACGGCCACGUUCCUGGACUUGUCGUUAUGUGUUUUAGAAGCUUGCAUUUUAUUUCCUUGUCACUGAAGAUUUAAACGCUCUGCCUGAUUUGGGGACAGCUGUUUCCAGCUGUUACUGAAGUUGGGACCACUCCAGCCUUUACAGCACAUCGUGACUCACUCCAUUCCUUGGGCACCUGAAGCUGGGCUGUUGAAAGUUCACUGGAAUCUUGUAUUCUUUUUUUUUUUCCUUUUUGGGAGAAGAGAGACUUGUAGCUGAGGUUAUGACAAAUUUUUUGCUGGGUCAUCUCAGCUUACACCCUGGUGAUAUCUGUUUCAUGACUCUCUCCAAUCAGAAUCUAAACAUCUCAUUUUUUUGGCCACUGAAUUAUCCAAAAGCCCUUAGGAAGAGCAGAAUCAUUGUCUCUGGCUUAGGAUUUUUUUUCAUACACACUGUAGGAAGUUAUUCUAAUUAAACAUGCAUUUGGGGAAAAGAGAAAACAUGUAACGGUUUUAUACCUUAUUUUGUAUUGUUUUUAAAGUUCAAGUCUAUUCAACAUUUUUCUUUUCUGUGCAAUUUUUGUGAAGCAGUUAAUUGCCCUUCCCCUUGAAUUCUUGAGUUUGUAUCCAUAAUAGUACAUAUAUUGAGGGGGCUCAGAGUAGGAAGGGAAAAAAAGUGCACAGGAGAAAAAAAACAUUUUCUCUUAUAACUUCUAAAGUAAUUUUUAAAAAGACUUUCUGGAUCAAUUAUGUGGUUAAGGUAGUUUAUCAUGUAAUUUACAUAGCAGGUUUUUUUAACUUUAAGGUAAUAAUUUAUUUGAAGUUAGAAGUAUCCUUUGGUACAGUUAUUUUAUUGCCUAAGAAAUACGGACUUACCUUCAGUGUUUUGCAGACUGUUGAGUCUGUAACAUAAGUGUUAAUCACCUCCAUUAAUAUUCAAGUGAUCAUUAAAGGAUCCAGAAUCUGGCUUCUGAAGAAUUUGCUCAAUUGUUACGAUUUUAACAGUAGUAUAUUUUUAGAUGAAACAAAUUAAUAUGUGAUUAUUUUUAAGGAAAUGUAUUCUAUUUGUGAUCUUUCCAGGUUAUAAGAUGCCCAUUCUGAAAACACUAUGGGAGGUAGAGAUUAUUUUGUCUGUCUGUAUGAAAUAUGCUUAUGUUGGUAAAGGCUGCACUAGAAGGGAUGUCAGAGACUGUACAGAUCAACUUUCUACCCAAAGAAGUGAGAUUCAUGAAUUACUGAAAUAGUGACUACUACUUGGAGCAGCUACUUGACUUUUUUUGGAUUUGGGAAGUCUUGUAGAAUUGUUUUGAAAGACAGUUGGAGUCUCCCAAGAAGAUAAUGUAGUUUCGAAAAAGUCACACAUAAUAUGGGUCACAAAUAUCCAGCUUAAUCAUCCAUUUUAUUCACCAGAUGAAUUGAGGAUGUUUUAAACAUCCACAACACACGUGUGCCCCAAUGGGGGUUAUUUUUAAAUAGGUAUUCCGUGUGCUUCCAGUAAGCUGUGUUCUGCACAGUACUGUAAGUGUAAUGGAGCUGUAACCUCCAACAGGAUUCUGGCAUUUUUUUCUAAAAAUCAGAAUGCAUCAGGCAUUUGAAUCUUAACUACAUUUGAAAUAUAAUGAAGAAAUAAAUAGUUCUAAAAGUUGGUUAUAAAUUAGACAGUCUUUUGAAGCAAGAGAAUGGACUUUUUAGGUGUAUAUUUCUGUUAGUACUAUGAAUGUGCACUCUCAUGAGAGGAGCUUGUCUAAAUUCUGGGAUUACAGGAAUGCAGCACUGCACCCUGUUGAUUAAAGCCAUUUUAAAAAGGUAAAUAAAACUAUCCUAUUCCCCUUUA